CACAACGGCGACAUGGAGAAGAUCCUGCUGGACGCCCAGCACGAGUCGGGGCGCAGCAGCUCCAGGGAGAGCUCCCACUGCGACAGCCCUCCUCGUUCCCAGACACCUCAGGACAGUCACAGAGCUUUGGAAGCAGAGAGUCACAGCAGUGGGGAGAAGAAUAGCUGUCAGUCUGAAGAAGAUUUCCUGGAACGGAGGAGAGAGGUGGAGAGGCUGCUGAGGAAGAAUGCAGACUGGAUGUGGGACUGGUCCAGCCGGCCGGAGAACAUCCCGCCCAAGUGA